UUUUCAAAUAAAGGGACAUUGGAAUGUAGGAAUAGUUUAAUAAUUCACUUUGUAUUCUAGUAAUCUUGACCUUUUGCUUAUGAGCGUUUCUUGGUAUUAACGAAGAGAGUAUUCGGGCAAGUACUAGUGUUAAGUAACCGCAUCAAACCUGUAUUACUUCAUUCUGUUAAGAUUAGAAGAAAAGAAAGCGAAACCUCUUAUCUAAAGGAGAAAAUGCUUAUGUACUCUUGAUUAAGAACGUAUUACUGUCGUUCAAAGAGUCAUUCACAAACAAAGUUCUGUGUAGUUUUGCAUUUGAAGUAACUUCAGCAACAAUGGAAACAGAUAAUCCAAUCGAGUUAAUACAGUCAACAUUAGCCGGAUUUCAAAUAGGACCGGACCUUAAAUCACUUGCUCAUAUACAGAUUGCUAAAGAAGAAAUUUCAAAGCAUCGGCAGCAACAAUUACAGGAUUCAGUGAGCCUUUUAAAAGCACUAUCGCGGAAGUUAGAAGUUUCUGCUCAAACUCUUGUUUCAUUAGAGAAUUCGAGCAGAGAAAAUGACCACGAGAAAGCAGUCGUUUCUUUAGAUCGCCGCCGUUUCCAAUUAGCGAAAGCGAUUAAUGAUACGGAAACGGAAAUCAUGAGUUUGGAAUCCACCCUGCAAAAUAUCAAGACGCAAUUACUCGAGUUGGAAGAGACGCCAAAAAAAUCACAGGAGGCCUCAGAAGAUGAUGCAACGCUCUUGAAAUUACAGUGUUAUAGAUCUCUCGGCAUUGAACUAAUGGAGGAUGAAACAACUGGUGGCCGUAAAGCAAUUAUCCAUACGGAUAAAAAAAUUAGUGUUGUCCAGAUUACACAAAAGAAUGAUCCAUUUUUCUACUCUAAUCGGUUAUGGGAAUUACUAUAUGAACAAAACACAGAAUCAUAAUAUACCAAUGAUCUUACAAGUCAGCAAAAUCUUUCAGCUUUUUCUCCAGAGAACGAACUGCCAAAUACACCUGAUGUGAUUCAAUUCUGAGGACAUUAGCUGCUGCAGAGAAUAUUCCAUUAGCGGUAUCUAAGUGCAUUUUUUUACUUGCUGUUAAUGGUACGUAAAGCUGACCAGCAGCAGUACUAUUGUCCUUUCCUCUGCUUUUGAAAGUCUGGCAAGUGUUAAAAGCACUUUGUUUUUCUUGCAGCUGAUACAAAUCAUCUGAGUGAGCUACACUUUCUGCUUCGCUAUUUUGCAUGUGUGUAUCGGUGUCCUUUGACUGCAAAGGAAACAACUGUAAUAAACCAGAUGGUAUAUUAUUUGGGUUUUCAUCUACAACCCACGUGUUUUCGAACCAAUCCAGAUAAUUAUCGAGAUCCUUUGCAUCCAUUUUGAGUAUGUCUCUUUCGACGAAAUCCGAAGAUUCCUCUAAGGCUGGAGUCUUUUUGGUUUGAUGGCUGCGCAACCACCGAUCCCAAUUCGGCAAAACUAUAGAAGCAUCCAUAUUGGAAUUCGGUUUUCCUUGGGAAUAGGAUAAGCCGUAGCACAUAUUUAGAAUGAUGAUUAAACAAGCCAUUAGCAAAA